AUGCUGCGGGCUGCGAUGCGCUUGGUGCAACGUGGGGGCGUGGUGGGUGUGGGCGCUGCGGGCGCGAGUGGCAGCAGCUGCAUUGGCGUGGCCAGUAGCGCGGGGCGGCGGUGGGUGGCGACGACGGGAGGAGCGGAGCAGGAAGAGGGCGAGGGCGAGGGCGAGGGCGGGAGCGGCCGGCCGCGGAUCAAGGUCUACACCAAGACGGGGGACAAGGGCAAAUCGUCGCUGUUUACCGGCGAGCGGCGGGCCAAGGAUGAUCCGGUGUUCAAGGCGCUUGGUGCGGUGGACGAGCUGUCUGCUGUUCUGUCGUGUGCACGCGAGGCCGAGUACGGUAUGGCCAUCGAGCUCUCGCAGCAGAUCAUUGAGAUCCAGUCGCGGCUCAUCGACAUCGGGUCGAACAUUGCCACUCCGGCGCGGUCGGCCAACGAGGCGCGGCUGCGGCGGACGUCGUUUGGCGAGACGCACGCUGAGCAGCUCGAGGCCUGGAUCGAUGCCAUGGACGACCAGCUCCCGCAGCUACGCAACUUUAUCCUCCCGUCGGGUGGCAUGUCAGCUUCGUUUCUGCAUCUCGCCCGCGCCGUCGCCCGCCGGGCCGAGCGGCACGUCGUCCCGCUCAUCCGCGCCGGCGAGUGCGAGCCCAACGUCGGUGUCUACAUCAACCGCCUCUCCGACUACCUGUUUCAGGCCGCUCGCGUCGUCGCCAUGCGCGAGGGCAAGUCCGAGAUGGUGUACAAGAAGCCCAAGUCCGACGAUUGAUGGGAGGCACAGGGUAAAGGCCGGCCAAGUCGUGUGA